AUGGGUAGGAAACAAAAAACAACAAAUCAAAUUCUUACCUCAGAUUUAAUUCCAACAGAAACACAAAAAAUAGCUCGUGUUUUAGGCGGUCGUGGUAAAAAUCUUCACGAAAUCCAAUAUUGUGAUGGAACCGUCACUUUAUGCACCUUACCACCGAAAUUUCGUAGCUUAGUUUGGGUGAAGCGCGGAAGUUAUGUUAUUAUAGAACCUUCAGAAUCCGAUAAGAUUAAAAAGAUAGGUGGAGAAAUUGUCCAUGUAUUAUUUCCAGGGCACGUUAAACAUUUAAAAUCAGAAGGAAUAUGGUCAGGAACAAUUUCAUUCUUUUUACAUUUCCAUUUCUGGAACCAUGAAUAUAAUCAAAUGACCAUUAAAUUCUUAUAUAAACUACCAUUAAGGCCUUCCGAAGAUAAUUCAGAUGACCAAAUUUUUGUGAAUACAAACCGUAUAAGAGAUAUAGAAAAUAAUGAUGAUACUUCAUCAAGUGACCUUGAAGAAGAAUGA